AUGAGGACAUUGCGACCCAGCAGGCACUCCUUGCUGCAGCAGCAAAGGAGUUGGCUGACAUUCAGGAGAAGGCUCGAUUGGUGCGUGUGGAGGUUGGAGCCGCCAAGGUCGAGCUGCAGUGGACGAUGCACCAGGUGGUUCCGCCUGGUGUGCCAGCCUGCGUCCUCGACGCAGAUGUGGUCAAUGACAAACCCGAGUUGCAGUCUUUUUAUGGCCUCGCCGCACUUCCUGGAGUACCAGCGCCUGUACGAGGAGCAGUGCAAGGCGUGGAGAUGCCUGAGUGGUACGUGGGCAACCUUCACCGACUGCGCAGAGUUGGAACUGGUUCGCUUCCUGGGGGUCGAAGCCAAGUCGCUCGGAUAUCCUGGGCGCCGCAUGCGCUCGUCUUGGGCUCCCGUCUCUGAUCGACUCCAAGUAUGCUCGGGACGGAUGUGUUUGUUUCACGCAGUCGCAGUGUUCGUUCAGGUCACCUCGAAUCUAGAGGUGGCUGGCAACCAGGCCACCGUGUUGAAUAUUUCAUUCGAUCGGCAGCGAGGGCUUGUAGCAGGCAUGCCGCGCAGUCGCUCGAUUCCUUUCAUGCGUUCCACUUCGGCCUCCUAUGCGACGCUGGCUUGGAGGUGA